CGCAGUCCGCGCGUUUUCUUCCGGUCUCCAAACACGGCUUCUUCCGCCGGCCACCAGUUUUCUCACAACCUAUCACCGCUGGCGGCGAAAGACCAUCACCAGCGCCCUGACGAAGGCGACUUUCAGUCAAUAGCCAUCGGUGCUCUCCCCACGACUCCUCACAUUGCUGUGCCCCCGCCGCUGCAUCACCCCCCAGAAACCCAUGUCCGCAGCCAUCGAAGAACCCCGUCCCGAGGUCGCCUUCUUUUUUCAUCCUUUCGCAACAACAGUAACCAGCCGAAGCCGAUAGACGUCAAGGUCAAUCGCUUGCCAUCCGGCUCUCGUUUGUGGAAUCCAAUCAAUCACGUCCCACGUACAACUGUCGUCACGCCGAGUCUAGCCCAGCAGUCCGACGAAGACUUGAGUUUUGCAGGAGCCGGCCGCGACGUCUAUCCACUACUGUCAAUCCCCGAACAACGCCGCAGUCGUUUAACCCCUUCACCAAACAGCCUUUCUGUCGAACGUAGCGCUGCAGAAUCUGAAAGCGGCCGCACGAGCAUUGCACUACCACGGAGUCGCCGCCGUAGUGAGCAACUCGAAGGCUUAGAGUUCGCCGCAAUGCCCGAGAACACAGAAGACCAGGAAAAUGGAUCAGGCAAGCUCCGACCAGACGAUGGCAUCACGCAUCCCCCUCGCCAUGUCCAGUCAAACUCGUCUCUCCGAAAUUCGACCUAUGCAUCCUAUCCGUCUGGCGGAAACCCGAAUGCUGGUGGAGACGGAGAGGCAGAAGUGGCAGAAGAACUAGCUUGGGGACCUGCGCAUCCCUGCUAUCCACACAUGAACCCGCAUGUGCCUUUGCACUCAGAGGAGUUCACAACAACGCGGAUUAUUCGCAUUCGUCGCGAUUGGAUGGUCAAAGGUGACCUUGCUCCGACAUUCUCCAACCUAUACCCCGAAAUCCUCGACCCGCUGGUCUCUGAGCAGGAAUUCCGUCGCAUAAUAGCCAAAGUCAACAGUGAGCUGGUAAAGGCAUUUGACCCGUUCUCGUUACGCAGCUGGUUCGACAGCGCUAUGGGGCUUGUCACGGGCUGGGUAUGGGAUGAUCUGGGGUUCCCCGGAAUUAAAGCUCAUUUACGCCGGGUAGAAGAUUGGCUCGACAAGUGGAAUCGUGAAGUCGGAUCCAAGGAAAACGUGCGAAUAUGGAGUCUUCGUCGGACAGCAUACAUGACGCUGGAUAUCCAGAUCCCAGACCCCAAAGUCGGCCCCGUCAAUAGUGAGGCCCAUUCUGCAGCUGGCACGCGGCCAAAUACCGGACCAACCAGCCGGAUUCCUGCUCCUGAGACCCACGAACGAUGACAAGCGAGGAGACCUGCUUCGGUCCUUUUCACUUCUUGACUAUAUUCUCGAUAUGCAUGUUCCCAUUUCCCUGCGGCAACUGAGCGUUCUACUUGAUUUUAUUCGCACCUGACCACGACGUCCGGAUUAUUCUGAUACCAUAAUGACUUUGGCAAUACCUUUUGUAAUCAUUAGUCCCG